AUGCCUGGUGAAAUCUACAACAUUGUAAAGCUGGUGCCUCAGCCGGGCAAAUUCGACCAGGUUGUCGAAGCCUUCAAGACACUGGUCCAAUACAUCGAAGGCGAAGAGCCUAACACGCAGAUUUACUUUGCCGUGCAACCAAACAACUCCAAGGAGCUUGUUUUUGUCGAGAAGUACAAGGAUCAAGAUAGUCUGAAGGCCCAUGUUUCGUCUGUGGCUUUCAAGCAGUUCUCCAAGACAAUCGGGGGCUCUCUAGCUGCGCCACCGGAGAUCAAGACUGCUGGGUUGAUUGGUGGCUUUGAUGGUAGAUCGAAACUGUAG